AUGGCGACAGAAGCACAAACACAUCCACGUCGCUCAGCCUCGUCAUCUACAUCCAUCCUCAGCGGUGCUGCUUCCCCUCUCGGUCCUUCCUCCUCGUCACAUGCACCACGGACAAAAUUCGAUGCAUCACAGCUUCAGCCUCAUCUGACGAGCACUCUGGCCAGCCGAUUACGCAACGCAGCAUGGGACAAGUCGGAUAAAGACAAGAAUCGCGCAUUGAGCAGAUCCAUAGCCGAGGUGAUCAAGUCCAAGAUGCUCGAGAUCGAGUCCAAAGGCUUCAAGUACAUUGUUCAAGUUCAACUCGUCGAGAACCUGGGUCAGGGCGGAAGCCGACCUUGCAUGCCACUGGGAAGAUACAGAUAG